AUGCCCAUAAGCUCGUUGACUGGCCUUGUCAAAGUCAGCUUUGUCGUCAUGUGCAUGUGGUCUGGCCCGGCCCUCUCUGCAAGGAUGUGCAAGGAUGUUUCUAGGAUCGGCUCGAAGGGCUUCUUCGAAUCCUGCUGGCGUCAAAGAGCGAAACUAAACAGCCACACUGCCCCACGAUGGUGGUUUCUGGGUCGGGAAUGA